AUGCCCCUCGCUCUGCCGCCGCCUGGCUCUGGACCGCAGCCGGGUAAUGGCUGCUGCGGCGGCUGCUGGAUGGUUGCAGCGACGGGGCCUGCUUCUCCUCAGCAGCCAGAGGCCUGGCCGCGGCGGCCGCGGGACGGGGAGACGACGGGUGAUCCUCGGGACGGCUGCCUCCGCCGGCGGCCUCCGGAGCCCGGGCCGGGGGGGGUGCGGCGGCGGCGGAGGGGAGGUUUAGAGCCGGCCCGGGUCCCUGGACGUGCCGCCGCCGCCGCCGCCGUGUUGGAGGCAGAGCGGGAGGUGCCGGUGCCGCCGCCGCCGCCGCCGCCGCCGCGCCUCAGCCGGCUCCCGCCCGGGCCCGCGGCUUCCACCGUCCCUUGCACGAGAAGCCGAGCGAGAGGCUGCACGGUUAGAAGAGAGGACGAGGAGGAGGCGAGAGACGCCGCCGCUGCCGCCGCCGCCGGCCGCUUCCGAGAGGAGAGAGCGGAGCGCAGCCGCGGCUCGGCGCCCCGGCGCGUAUCCUGCCGCAGUGCACAAAGAGUCCCGCCACAUCACCGCCCGCCGGCCCGCCCGCCCCCUCCGCCGCCGCGCCGGGAGCCCGGCGCCUGGGAGCCCGAGGGGAGGCGGGAGGCGGGCGCGACCGCGCCGGGGGAGGGAGGGACGCGGCGGGGCAGGGGCGGCAGCUCCGGGGGCGAGCGCCGGGCCCCCGGCCUGCGGGCGCCACUGAGCAUGCCCAGUGCGAGCGCCCAGGGCUCGCUCGGGCUUGUGCGAGACGCCCGUCAGGAGCUGCGCUUGCCGCGGCUGCUUCUGCAGCACCUCAUCCUCCUUUUGCACCGCUGCCGGAUCACGGUCGCUGGGGGCGACCCGCCUGCAGCAGCCUUUGCCGAGAAACCCUCCCUCCUUGUCCGCCCCCCACCCGUGUUCUCCAGGUCUAGGUUCUCCACGACGGGCUCGGGGCUCGGGGACUGCCUCGCCCCGCCCCUUUCGGGCCGCUGUGAAAACCCGGCCGGAUGGAUCGCCGAGGGCCGGCUUCCGCGCUCGCCCCAGCCGGGCUGCGCAGCCUGA